AUGGGAGUGAAUCUUUCAAAGGCGAACGAGUGCAAAACAACCCAGUUCCUGCAACAUAUGAAGACUUAUCGCAAGUGCAAAGACUUAAAUGUGCAUCAUGAUAAUUCUGCAAUUCAAGAGGUGGAGGACGAGGACGACGAGUGCGCGCCGCCACCGCGCCACCGCCCCGACCGCCUCGACGCCAUCAGCCGCGCCACCAAGUUCUCCCGCGAGGAGAUCCGCUGCGUGUACCGGGCCUUCAAGCAGGAGUGCCCCUCGGGCGCCAUCACGGAGGCCACCUUCAAGAACAUCUACCAGAAGUUCUUCCCGCUCGGAGAUUCAAGUCAGUAUGCUCAUUACGUUUUCUCUGCCUUGGAUAAAGAGCAGAAUGGAACGAUUACCUUUGGCAACUUUAUGCUUGGAUUGUCAAUGGUUGUCAAAGGUUCAGUACAAGAACGCCUACGAUGGGCUUUCACACUUUAUGAUGUAAAUCACGAUGGCUGUAUAACGAGGCAAGAAAUGCUUGAUGUUAUAUCUGCAAUUUACAAUUUAAUGGGCACAUCUCAUGAUAGUCAACAGUCACCUCAAUUGCAUGUAGAGAAAAUUUUUAAGAAAUUAGACUUAAAUCAUGAUGGGGUAAUAACGGUGGACGAAUUUAUCAACUAUUGUACAACCGAUGAAAAUAUUCGUAAAUCUCUUACUGUGUUUGAUGAAGUAUGGUAAGUCAUGGGCUCAAUUAAUAUAAUUGUAAUAUAUUUGUAAUGUUAGUGGCCAUCCAGUCUUCUUCCAUUGCUAUGUUAAACAAGUCCCUCCACAGUGUCAUGGCUUCCAAUAUAAUCUGUAUGUACAUGUACAUUGAACAUUGAAUCAUAAAAUUAAGAUGUUUUUAAUAUAUAUAGUACCUAUAUUCCAUAAAUCACAAUGAAUUUCUCAAUGCAAAACAGUACAUAUAACUGUGAAAAUAGGAGAGGAAACUUCACAGCAUUUGAAUGACUUGCACACUAAUAAAAGGACCAAAUUGCUUAUUUUAAAAUGUUCGGUAUCUUGUUAAAUUUUGUAUGAAUUCCUGUCAAGGAUAUAUCAUUAUUCAAUUAGUUUUUAUAUAAGUAUACAGUUAAGGAUCCUGUUUGUAACAGAAUCCAUGAGACUUAUUGUAAUCAACUCUAGGAAGGAAGAAAUCAGAAAUGUAUUGUUACUUGCAGUUUACACAUUCGGAAAUCAUAUAUUUGUAUGUAUGAUAAUUGAAAAUUGGAAGUAAUUUAAUCAUAAGUCUCCCCCACAUAUAUUGUAAUAAAAUUAGUUACACCAGCAGUUUGGGGAGUGAAUGUACUGACAAGAGAGAAAAAUUUGUACUUCUUUGGUAUAUGUAGUACACAUCCCUUUUGUGAAGCAUGUUUGAAUGUUACAUUCAACACAAAAUGCCAUAAUUGUAAAUAGUUGUUAGAUAUAAUAUACAUAUAUCAGAAUUUAUGCUUGUAUGAAUUAUGUAUUUUUUGUGAAAUAAAGAAACAUAAACAUUUGUUUGUAAUUAAAAAUAUUUUUAAGCAUCCUUCUUUCAACAUUAAAUAAUCAUUAUUACUUUCUUUUGUAUGUAGUAAUCACAAAGUAUUCCAGAGUGUGUUCCAGAAAAAGUGCCAUUUUUUUUCAAUUGUUCAGAUUUACCAAAGAAAUAUUUGACAUGGGCAUUGUUUUGUGAGAAAAAAAUAAUGCGUUACUGUAGUUUAUUACACAGUAAAAAUGAUAAAAAUUAUUGUUGUCACUAAGAAUCCAAUUUCCAAGAAAAUGAAUUUUUUCCACCUGAAUACAGAAAGAUUGUUCACUUGGUACAUGUAUUAAUAACUCAACUUCCAAUUAUUUAAACAUGAUUGUACAAUACAUAUCUUGAUAUUUUUGUUGUUUUCUUAAUAAGCCUCAUGGGUCUGCAAAUUGCCAAUUAUUCUGCAUAUGUUGUUUGAAACUGUAUAUCGUUUCGCAUUUUUAUUUACUCUAUUUAUUUUAAUAAAUUUAAUUUUUAAUUUUGUAAUA